AUGGGCCGAAGACGUCAUUCCGAUAGUGACUCUUCUUCGUCCUCGGACGACGAUCGCGGUCGAUCAUUGCCUCAGGAAUCUCACGGUGAGAUUGAAACUAGGCUCGAGUCGCUCAUCUGUCGUAUCGGCGAGAAGUCCACUUCAUCGCUGGAGUCGAAUUUGGAGGGAUUGGCGAAGGUUUUGAAAUCAGAUUUGGCGAAUUUCAAGGAUUUCAUUAUUGAGACUCUUGCAUGUGCUGCUGUUCAGAUGCCGGAAAAGGUCACCAUUUACUCAACGCUCGUCGGCUGGCUCAACUCGAAGAGCGACUCGUUCGGUUCCGAAUUCAUGAAGUACAUCAUGGCCGACCUUCGUGACAACGUUAUCGCCUGUCGCUGGGAAACUGUGCGUUUUAUGUUUCGUUUUAUCACAGAUCUUAGCAACUGUGGUGUGAUCACUGCCAGCACCGUCAUUACAUUCUUCGACUCCUUCCUUGACUGCCUUGACGAAGAAAAUGCAUCCCAGCGACGAAAGGAUGCCCUUGUUUACAUCUGUCUCUCAUCUCUCCCUUGGUGUGGCCGAAAGCUUUACAAUGACGAGUCCGCAGAAGUUGAUCGCCUGAUGAAUACGAUGGGGGACUACGUAGCUCAACGAAACCGUGAUCAUUUCAGCCUCUUGAGUGUUUGGAGAACGGAAAAACAGCAGCGAAUGGAAGACAAUGUCGACUCUCUUUGGAGUCAGAUCAAAAAUCUUGCAAAGAACAACUGGGACGACGAAGGCUUUAUCCUAAGGCCUUACAUAGGAUUCGAAGGUAUCUUGGCAGAAGCUGUUCGACAGAACCUUCCUCGAUUCGUCCUUCCUCCUCAUGAGCCUCAAUUUAUCUACCCUAAGCCGUUCAUGAUGUUCCGCCUCUUCAAGAUGGAUGAGGUUGGCGAAGAAGAUGGAGCCCCGCUUCCAGCCAAUGACUCAAUUGGUCGAUUUAUCGUCGAAGAGAACCUAACCACUCUUUUCUUCACUUAUUAUAGAGAGCGAAAAGAAUGCGCGACUCGUCUUUUGAGCUACUCGAACAAAUCUAAAGUGCCGAUCUAUCACAUGAUCGUCGAGGUCAUCUUUUCGUACAUCUUCCGAGUCCCAACUCCGAUUGUUCCUGACAUUUGUUUUGCGACGAUUUUCAUUGAGCUUUGCAAACUACAGCCCCAGUUUAUGCCACAAGUUCUCGCGCUGGCAACAGAAUUGAUCUUUGAAAAGCUGGACGAUUUGACUCGACCAACUGCUGACCGAUUUACUAACUGGUUCGCUCAUCACUUGUCUAAUUUCCAGUUCCGAUGGUCCUGGGAUGAGUGGGCAGAUUGUCUCCAACAAGACUUAGAAUCUUCGCGACCUGCUUUCAUCCGAGAAGUGCUCGAAAAAUGUAGACGUUUGUGCUACCAUCAGAGGAUCAACGAGACAGUACCACAAGACUUCGAGCCAUUGCUUCCGAGCGAGCCUAUCAUUAGAUUCAAAUACAAGCACGAUGACGACGAUGGCAUGUCUGAGAAUCCAGCUGUUGCAUGUUCCAGAAAGUUAGAAUACGCCAUUAGAUCGAAGGCGACGGCAGAAGAGAUUUUUGACAUCCUAAAGGAUGUGCCAAAGCCUACUGAGCCCGAUAAUGAAGAAAAUCCGGACUACAACCCGAAUGCACUUGACGUUUUUCUUCAAACUCUGAUGUUCAUCGCUUCCAAGACGUUCUCUCAUUCUUUCGCCGCGCUAUCAAAAUAUCAUAUUAUGCUGAAGCGACUCGCUAAGAACGAAGGCGCGAAGGUCAAGCUUCUCCAGAUCUUGUAUGAUAUGUGGAAGGAUCAUCCUCAAAUGAUCGUGGUUUUGAUCGACAAGUGCAUCCGAGCUCAAAUUGUCGAUCCAGCUUCAGUUGCACAAUGGAUCUUUUCAGUGGAAAUGUCCAGCAACUUCCAAAGAUAUUUUGUUUGGGAGAUUCUUCAUGGAACAAUUUCGAAAAUGAAGUCUCACGUCGACCGUGUUACAGAUGAAUACGAAAGUAUCAAGUCUCGAUUGCACCAGGCGUCAAUUAAGCUUGAAGAAGGAACGGAGGCUGCAGAAACUCAGGAUAUGAUGGACUCUUACGCUGCGUUUGCGCCGUCAGAGUCAGAAGUUGAGACGUUCAGAGAGAAGUUAGAGAAUGCCAAAGUAGAGCAGAAGAACCUUUUCCUGGUUAUUUUCCAGAGAUUUAUUGGAGUGAUUUCGGAGCACGUGGCCAAGCACGGACUUCCGAUCGAAGAGGAUGAAAUGAUGGAUACGCAAGAGACUCUUGUACAGGCGAAGAACAGACAUUGGCUCCAGUGCACCUGUGAGCGUCUCCAGGAAGUGUUCCUUCGCAACGAAACUGCUGUCCUCAGUUACGAUAAGCAGCUGAGCGAGCUCCUGUUCACCCAAGGCACAGUUGAGCCAGCACUCAAUGUGUUCAAGGAAUUCCGCGUGCUGCACGCAUAA